GCUAGUGUUUGGUAACAAAGGCUAGAUAAAAAUAUUCUGACUGAGCUACUAAAUCCAGAGUGUAGAAGGCACUAUGUAAAGAUGUUCUGGUAUGCAUUGUUUAUACUUUGUUAAAAAGCAUGCCUGAUAAGGAUGUACAGGCAAUUCAAACGUCCUUGAGAUGUGCUAGUUUCCUAGGAAACAGGACUUUCUUGCAAAUCAAACAAUGAGGCCCUGGAAUUCUUUUUGUAUUAUCCACUUCUAUUGUAUGAUUCACUGCUACCCAAUUAAGUUUAACCAUUUGUGACAUGAAUUAAGAAGCAAGAGUGGUACUUACAUGAGAUUACUAUUUGUGGCUGUACUUAUAUUACUUACCUUGUAGAUAGUUGAUAAAUUGCAAUUGUUUUUUAAAAAAUCUGAAUGAUACUUUUUCAUCAUUUAUGUUGGCAGUUCUGAUUAUGACUACAUGCCAUCAAAUCAUUUUUGAAUCUUUGUAACCACAGAGAUUCUCUCUGUCCUAUCUGGCCUUGAUUAAAAAUCUGUCUAAUAUCACCACAUUAAUUACAGAAGAUUUCUUUAAAAUUGUGCUUUCUUUUUUUACCAAAAUAAAGAAUAUUGAUAAAAGAUUUAAAAACAGAAGAAUAUAGUGGUAAACAUUUAAAAAAAUAAAUGUGUAUCUUUUAUCUGUGUUGCAUGCAUAUAAGCUUAUCCACAGUUAAAUAUAUAUAAAUAUAAUUUUGCUUAAAAAGACAUUUGUACAAAAAUAAAUGCAAUGUUGGGAAUUAACUAUGAACAUAAUUUAUAUAUUUAUUCUUUGACCAUUCCCUGCAGGGGCUUUACCUUAUCACAUAACCAAUCUGGAGAAGAUAGUUGGUUGAAAUCACUGUUUGUCCGCAAGGUUGAUCCCAGGAAAGAUGCUCACUCCAACCUUUUAGCCAAAAAGGAGACUAGCAGCCUUUAUAAAUUGCAGUUGAAAAAAUUCUGCCAAAGAUCCAUGAAGGGAAGGAGUAUCCAUGUACAUUGGUGGGGACGUGGAACACGUGGUACGGAGAGCAAGAUCAGGCUGGAAUUUACAGAGUUUCGCAAAGCAAGAGGAAACAUGCUUCUGUCCCGCAAGAAUCAGUUGCUCUUGGAGUUCAGCUUUUGGAAUGAGCCUACUUUCAGGCCAGGACCCAACAUCUAUGAAUUAAGGUCUUACCAAUUACGUCCUGGAACAAUGAUUGAAUGGGGCAACUACUGGGCCCGGGCUAUUCGUAUCCGGCAGGAUGAUAAAGAAGCUGUUGGUGGAUUUUUCUCACAGAUUGGGCAGUUAUACAUGGUCCAUCAUCUUUGGG